UUGAAUUAUACUAAUCAACUUAUGUCAUUUCUAAUUUGAUUGUUGUGUUUCCAUUACAGUUGUCAUGCAUUUCUAUCCUAAGGCCUCGACCAAAUGAGCGAGACUUCUUUGAUGUCGUAUAUCAGAGGACAGAGGGGGAUGCUCCUAGGUAUGCGAUGCUGCAGAAUAUGAUCCAGCCUGCACCAGAGGAUGGAAGACCUUACGAUCCUGAGGCAGAGGCUGUUGCGGUGGCUGAGAUAGCCGUUGAGGCUGGCAUAUUUGUGGAGGAUGCCCCGACAGAGUCUGCUCCAGAUACUAGUACAGAACCUACUUCUGCUCCUGCUCCUGCUCCUGCUUCUGCUCCUGCUCCUGGGGCUUAUGAGGAGUUGUUGGGUGAGAUAGCCAGACUAUCAGGUGCAGUGGACGAUGUUAAGGCCACUCUAGGUAUCGUCCUUAAAAAUCAAGAAGUCAUAUUAGAGAAGCUGGCAACACUAGGUGGUAUACCUACUCCUGCACCUACUCCUGCACCCACUCCAACUGAUGAUGUAGAGUACGACAUUCUCCCCUCAUGUUACGAGCCUUCUGUUGGAGAAGCCACACCUUCUCAGCCAGUGCAGAUGGUCUUAGGUACGCGUACUAGACAGAGACCAGUAAGGUACGAGGACUAUACUCCAGCAGCCAAGAAACCAAAGUUCAAGGACCCAGUUACGAUCCUUCCUUUAAAGGUGUUGGAUCAAGAUAUGUUGACAACUUUUAACCGAUGGGUACUCGGUGAGAUUGAUAACAGCAGACCGAGGAAGUUGGAAUGUUGUGAUGGGACCCCUGUCUGGUUCUUGAAGUUGAAGGUGGCAAAAGAAUGGUUGGCAGAAACUGUAAGUCUCUUAUGUUUGUUAGAACAUUUAUCUCAUUUUAACAAUCCACUCUUCCUUAACGUUACUCUAUUUAUUUGCAGCAUCUCGACGCUGCGAAUUAUCUUAUACGGAGACGUCUUUUUGAGUUGUCGAAGACGUACCCCGUGAAAGCCACCGUACUUGAUUCAUCAUUUGCACAAUAUAUUCCUGCCAGAUACGAGGAAUUCAAGAAAAAUGGCAGGACUUACCAAUGGGACUCGGACAUUCUUGAUUUCCUGAAAGGAGAUGCCAAAAAGUACAAGAAGCCUUGGGGUGAUUGCAACGAGAUCUGCUUCCACUGGUGCAUGGAAAAUCGGCACUGGGUCCUUUGCGAAAUAAAUUUCGCUGAUUGGAUGAUCACUGUAUUUGACUCAGAUCAUUCUAACUUUAGCCAUAAUAAGUUGUCUGAGUUGAUGGAGCCUUGGACUAGGAUGCUUCCAUCUUUACUCAACGCUUCUGGUAUGUUUAAAGGACACCCCAAGUUGAAAAUUGCUAGACCGAAGAUCACCGUUCCAAACUUUGAUUGGCGGCGCAUGUCCACUGAUAUUGUCCCACAGUCUAGAACCAGGUAGACGUACUAAAUUCAGAUUUUCAAUAAUGCUCUCCUUUAAUUUUCAAUACACUCACAAUAAAGAUUUCUUGGUUUCAUCGGAGAUUGCGGUGUAUUCGCCAUCAAACACUUGGAGUUCAUUCUUGGAGACAUUCCCUUAUCAUAUGCCAUCGAGGACAACAUUCAGUACUUCAGGGAUAAAUUAUGCAUCGACAUUUUUUAUGAGAAUGUGUACCCUUGAUGUUAGAACAUUUAUUUUGAUUUCGAUGACACACAAUAGUAUAUUU